AGAUUUCCUAUCCUAACUAUACAAGUUCCUUAUUUGCUGUGACAAAUCUCUCUGUGCGAAGAAACCAGUUCCAGCCAAUAAAGAAAGACUCCGCCUCAUCAGUGCAAAGUCGCCGUUUUUGAAACUCGCUUUACUGGCGUACUGAAGAAGAAUCUGUACAUCAGAAGUGUGUCUGGUUCAUACGAACCAGCAGUGCCCUGAAGGCUGCGUGGCUUCCUGCUUCGAAACGACAGAGGUGCCUUCCAGCACUUUGUCAGGGAAAGCCUUCCCACCAAACUCCAUUUAAAAGGACUGUCACCUGGGUGGUGUGAGCGGCUCCAGGUUUUUCUUCUCCUGAGAUUCUGAGUGCCACUAUGGCCAGCUGUGAGACCUCCCCCAGCGUGACGGUGUGUAAGCCAGAUGUGUCUUUGGAUGGGGAGGUGAACACCCACCCACCCAAACUAGACAUCUUGGCAGAGGAGCAGAGGCCUGAUGCCCCUCAUAGGGGGGAGCCAGUGGUGGAAAUUGACUCUGGAGGAGGGCAGGAUUUGUCUGUGAGGAGUGGCGUUUUAAAUUUGCCUUCUGCCGCUCUGAAGAGCAGGGCGGAUAUACAACACGAGAUUCAAGUCGGCCGUGCUAACCUGAGGACCUUCCUCACUCCUUCUUUCAAAAGCCUGGCGUUUCUGUCCCCUAUACCAGAGAUAUCUCCCUCCGUUCGGGAAGCGGUACACGGCAAAGCGCAGGAGGAGAUCUGCGCCAGUGUGAUGGAUGAAAUCCAGCGGUGCUCUUACAGGACGGCCCUGCAGCCACUGGAAGGCGGCGGAAACUUUUUUGGGAAAAGCUUGAACGACAGAGACUUCAGCAUGAUCGAGGCCGAGUCCAUACCCAACCUGUGCUGCAUGGACGACACGAUGGAGGCGUCUUACAUGCAGCUGGACGGGGAGGCCGCCAGCAAGCUGCCGUUCAGAGUGCCCCUCUUGGUCAGCCUCGGGAAGCUGAACGGAGGGGUGGAGGAGGGCACAGGGGGAGAGGAUGGUGCCAAGGCGGCGGCGGAGCGUCACAGUGCCAGCCCUCGCUGCAACUCCCGGAAGAGCCUCGCCCCCCGCAUUCUGGAGCAGGUGCAGCUGCAGCUGCUCGGCAGCCCCGGCAGCGCGGGCCGCUCCGGUUCUUCAGCGCUCAACGGCACGUACAACCUCUCUCACUGCCAGGGGAGCGCCGGGGGGCCGGGCGCGCUGGAGGUCCAGGCCGGGAACGUCACGGUGGAGGUGGCGUCAGGGGUGGGCCCAGCCGCGAAAGACGUCUCCUCGACCCAGGCCAGCACCAACAACACGCUCGUGCUCCGUUCAGGCACUACUCUGACUGGAUCUGAUCUGACUGUUGAUAUUACAGAAAACGAUGCGGUUGGGGUUAUCGGCCUGCUGAGGGACGAUUCGAAAGACGCCCUGGAGAUGCCGUCAGGUGAGAUCUUGACCAGGCCCAAUUUGACUAUCGACAUUGCGGAGCUGAGUGCUGUUGGAGCCUGUCUGGAGAACAGCAGAAAGAGUCUGGGGUCGAAGAACGGCACUUUUGAGGUUCAUCCGGACUCUGCACACAAGCCUGUCGCGGCAGCCAACCGGACCGUGAAUCUGACCGUGGACCUGACCCCGCCGAACGUCCCCGGUUCCGUGACGGGAUCGGCGGAAAAGAGGGCGGGGUCUCAGAACGUUACCGUCGAACUUCAGCCGGGCCGCUUGAGCGAGCCCGCGGUGGGGGUCAACUUCACGUUCGACAAAUCAAAGCAGCUGGACUCGGAGGAUGACCCGGCUGGAGUCUGUGCUGCGGAAGUGGGGGCAGAAGGGCCCCUGGGGUCCUUCUCUCAGGUGGGAGCGUCUGCCGGUAACCGCAGCCCUGGCCUGGACGUGGAGGACAGUGCCGGCUGCAGCCUGUGGAGCCUCGACUCCUCGCUGGACAGUAAGGCCAACUUUUUGAUCACCUCAACCCCGCUGGUCUUGCCCAAAGUCUUCAGCUUUCCCGCUAAAGCCAAUCCUUCCGACACAUGCAAAAGGCUCUCUCUGGUCAACCACAGUGAAGCCUGUUCUGAAGGGAACCCCUUCUGCAUGAGCAGUGAUGGGAAUGAUAGCCUAGCGUCUGUCCAGGCUGACCAGCCCCCUCCUGCCAAGGCUAAGCCACCCACCAAGUCCCUCACUAGACCGACCGGUCUGCCUUUAAAAUGUGAUGUCAAAGCUCCACCGCCAAACAGGAAAUCGCUGGCCUGGCCCUCGGGCAUUCCCAACCCCAAGUCCCUGCACCCCCUGCCCAGGCCCUCCUCUUCCCGUUUGUCUUUGGCCCCUCCCCCAAAGACGCUGGCGGGGCCCCAGGCUCCGGGGCCCCAGGCUCCGGGGCCCAGUUCCUUCCUGUCCUCUACUCUGAGCAGGAUUGGCAAGAAGACCGGGGGAGCCCUGAGGAACGUGGCAGCAUCCGGCUCUCUGGAGGCUUCUGUUGGUUCUACAACUAGCCGCAAACGCCAUCCAGUGUCUGAAAAUAAGCAUCCGGUCUCAGGCCUGCAGAAGCCUCGAACCUCAGGCCAGCCGUCGUCCUCUGGUCCCUCCCUGCUUGCUCUCAGGCCCACCGGGCAGACGGUGACCAGGCUCCAGGCCCAGAGAGCAGGUGUGUCUGCGAUGUCCCUUCCGACAGAAGCGAAGGGAACCGGCACCCUGCUUCCCCCCUCCUCCCUGAAGCAGCCACGGGGGACCACCGAGGACACUCUGCCUCUCUCCAAAAGGAAGAAAGUCGAUGCCCUGGCUCAUGCAACAAGCAGCGAGGCUCCAGGGAGUUCUGCAGGAAGCCAGCCGGGCCUCAGGAGACCAGCCACUCGCCUGAGAGGCCCCCAGUCAAAGCUGCAGAAUUUGGGAGGGGGUCAGAUAUCUGGAGCUUUGAUAACAAAGAAAUCUGGCCCUACGGCCCCUUUGCAUCCUGAAGUACAGCCAGCCCAAGAUGCCCCUCCCACAGCCGUGAGUGGGCCUUGUGAGGAUGACCCUGGACUGGCCAAUCGGGGUGCAGGAACACCGGGAGCAGACUGCGAAAACUGUGAAAAGUACAGACAAGAAAUUGCAAGGCUGCGAGCAGAGCUUGAGGAACGCGACCAGAGGAACGCCUAGAGGAGCAACUGCUGCCUCACUGUGGUAGCAAGGAGUGCGUGAUCUGCCAAAAGAAGAAUUUAUUGUGUAUUUUUUUUUGUUUUAAACUAUUACAAUAUUUUGAAUUCUACUCAAUAAAACGUCUGUUAAGUCUGGAAUCCUUUUCACAGCAGUAGUUGUGUGGGUUUAGGUCAGUGGACAUGUGACCACUGCUGGCAUGCACUGUGGAUGUGAGUGGGGGAAACGGGCACAGAAGAAUUUGCUGGCGGUUAGUUCUGUGAAUCUGGGCAGGCUGUGCUGUGACUGAGGCUGUGGGGAGAAUUCCUGUGUGUCUAAGCUUUUCUAUAAAGCCAGCACGUGCUCUUUCUCCUUCUCUUUCUCUCCCUCUCCUCUUCUCAUGUGCGUGCUCACUCUUCCUCACACCCUCUUCUUCCCUCACUCACCAGCUCAUUCUCUCACAUUCCCUGAUCUGAUUUGUGCUCCAUGUAGGAAAUGACUGAAAUGCAGGACUACUCUAACAUUAGUUAUGUUUCAAGGAGUACCCCCUGAAAGUGGUGUUUCUAUUCACAAGAAGGGCAAACGGGCAAACAUAAUGCAGGUGCAUGAAGUAACGUCACCGUAUGAAAGCAAACUAGCUAGCUAAGCUAAAUGAAUAUAACCAGAAAUAGUCUAAUAGUCCUUAAUUUAAGUGGUUUAAGGCAGUAAUUUAAGUGAACCUGACGUUAUUCAAAUAUUUGUAUUCCAGGAGUACCUGUUGAAAGUGCUAUUCUUUUGAAUAGAAACGGCAGGUGCAUGAAGUUUGUGUCCUGUAAAACUCCAGUACUGGAGAUCUGUAUGGUUUUGUGGUUUCCUCCAUAUUGGAAGCUGCUGUGCAGCCAUUCAGAGAUUUUCAAAUCGAGCACUGUGCCUAAUUGCACUCGGUUUUGCAGCUCUCCAGACUUUGCAUUUCAGACCCCUGCUUCAGGAAGGGCUCAACAGUGUGUCCUUGGCCACUGGCUUCUCUUCAUUUAAGAGAAAAGGCUGCUAUCGUCACAAGAGGCAUAACCGGAUUAAACCAGAUUUUCAUAGAAACCUGCUGAUGAGUUGAUCUGAACUUUCAUUUAUUGCCAAGUUUUCACUAAUCUUUUCAUUGAAGUAUUUACGAUACUGCAUCGAUUAUUCUACCAUGGGUUUCACUGUAGUCACUUCUCAUGUGUGGAGAAGCCUUGUAUAAACCAGUCAUUUCUUAUUUCCAAUGUUAAAUUUUUACUCAUUACAUUGGCAGUCCAACUGUCUUAAAGGAGUAACAUGGUGGUUGGACACAAUAUGCGAUUUACACAAGAGGCCAUCGGGGGAAAAAAAAUGUGUCCGUUCUUUAGUUUUGGUGAAGUGAGCGUUUUAGAUUUAUCGUCGUAUUUUCAGCUGGUUGAGAGUGUUCUCCUUGUAGUGUGUCACAUGAGCAUGACCACUUCCCUAUCCAUGCAGUUUUUAGCAAACAUUAUUGUUUUAUUGUUGCCUAAAGAUGACUGGCCAGUGUCACAUUCAACCACCAUGUUACACCAUGUCAUGUUUUCACUUGUGGAUAUUCCAGAUUGGUUCCCAACCUGGUUUUUGAUCCAACCAGAGUUGCAAUUCCAUCAUUUUAACAUGCUGUUAACCUUUCUUAAUUAGGUGCUUUUCAUGUUUUGAGGAAAUAUUUACCCUAUUAAGCCAUGUUAUGUUAGAAACGGCUGACACUGCACUUGUGUGCUGGAGUACAGAGCCAAAACACCAUACAUUCUGUAACUGCCAAAAUACGCCCUGCACUGUAAUUCUCAACAAUACACUCACUUUAGGUAAACAUUUUAUUCUUGUCAAAUUCCAAUGGAUUUUGCAGUGAAACUGCAAUGACAUGUCAAACCAUCAUUUAGCUUUCUCUGAUAUGGACUUGAAAGUGGGGUGAUCCAUCACAAUAAAACACCUGGUAAAUA